AUGUCAGCAUACACCGAGGAAGUUUUAAUUUCAAAGCUUAACAAACUUGUUGACACGCAAGAAUCUAUUUCUUUACUCUCACAGUGGUUUAUGUAUCAUCGGCGGCAUGUUGCAACUAGUGUGGAUAUAUGGAACCGUGAGCUUCGAAAGGCAUCAUCUGCACGGAAACUUUCAUUUAUAUACCUUUGUAAUGACGUUUGUCAAAAUAGCCGACGAAAAGGUUUGGAAUUCACCCAGGAAUUUAAAAAAGUUCUUCCAGAUGCCAUUGAACACACAUAUCGCCAUGCUACUGCUGAUGUUCAAGGUAUUAUAAGACGGGUUGUCAACAUAUGGGAUGAACGAGAAAUAUUUGACAAGGAAUUCCUAGACGAAUUGCGAAAGCGUUUUACAGGUCAAAAAAAUCUUAAAUCAGAGCAGCGAUUGAUACAAUCAGGACAUACUGCGCCAUCACAUCCGUGCCGUCCAGACAUUGCAAAGUUAACGGCUUCAAUACAAUCUAUUUCAGAAUCUGAAUCAACUGUGCACGAAUAUGGAAAUAAAGUUACAAAAAUUUGGUCAGAAGUAAUGGAAGUAGAAGAAAAACCUAGUCCUUCCAUACUUUCACAACAACUUGACCAUCUUCUUCGCUUGCUUACUGAACAUCAAAAUCUUGUCACGAAAAAUAUUACAAAUAGAACACAAAUAAUUAAUCAAAUGAAAGAGAUAAUAGCUCAGGAAGAGAUGAGAUUAAGAAUAGAUAACAAAAGCCUAUCAGAUACUCAAUCUAAAAUCAAUGAAACUAAGGAAUGCAUAGAACAGUUAAAGUCAAUAAGUAUUUUUCGGUAUGAUGCGAUCGCUGAUAGAAAUAAAACUAAACUUAAUGGCGAAUCUCGAUCUGAACCAAACGGUGAAAUUCGACAAAAGGAUCAGUUGCAACAACAAUAUGCAAGGAAAGAGAAUGAACCUAAAUCAAGAUCAAUAAAAACAAUUGAGAAAUCGCAACAAUUAACGAAGGUAGAAGAGGUGUCUCAAGGAAGCACUUCCUCUUGUUAUGAUCCUUCGAUUCAUUUGACUCUGCCGCCAUCAUCAUUUACUUCUGGAUCAUUAUUACCAUCAGAGACUCAAUUGUUUGGAGAUUCGUUUUCUCUUAUGAACGACCGGCUGCAAGUUCCUUAUCAAACCACUUCCAUUUCUUCUUCCAUAUCGAAUUCACCGGCACAUUCCAGCAACAGUGAUGAGUACAGUGAUCCUUUAGUAUCCACGGACCAUAGGGGAUGA